AAGCUUCAUUAUGGAGAGUAAAUCAUAUCAAGAAUUGGGCAAUAGUUAAGAGGUGUACAAUUAGACCAAAAAACUUAGGUAGUUUAUGCUUUUGGCUCAUUCUCUCUCCACACAUUGAACCAAUGGAACGGUGAGUCUGAGGUGGGAGGGUAGGUCAACUGACCUGAAACAGUUGAGUUAAGGGUUAAAAGGAGUUGGAGGUCCAGGGUUUAAGUUCUGGCAAGAGUGUAAAUAUAUAGUAACAAUUAACCACUAACAAUUUGUCACUGAAAAAAAAGUAAUGGUGAGUCUCUCCAUGCAUAUCUUACUCAACUUCAUCUUAAGCUCCGGGCGAUUCUCCUAUACGUCAAAGCAAGCCUAUGAUUUGGACUUCCAACACCAGGGUGAGUGCCAUCAAAACUCGGUAUCUCAAUUUGCUUUGCCGUUCACAGGAUUUACAUAGUAACUCCAUUGUCAAAACCAUACUCUAGGCCUUUCUGUCCACUUUGAAUGUUCUUUGAUUCCCCUUCGGUUACACACUUGUGAUAGACACAACUCCAUAAGCAUUUGCUGAAAGUAGUUAUGCAUCUCUGUUCACAUUCUUGAUUAUCUGUCAAUUAUCUCCUUCACCGCAGCUUCUAGUUAAUUUAGAUGAGAAUCCAUGGUAGUGUUUCCGACAGCUCCACACUUGGGCAUACAUUCUCCAACAAUGCAAUGAGUGAAAAUUUCAAGCCCUUUCUAAGGAAGUUUGUACUAGUUUUAUUGCAGAUCAAACUAAGACAUGGACAUAUUGGAUUCCAUGGGAAGAACUGUGAUACAAUACCACAUUCCAUGUGUCUACAGGGUUCACCUCUUUUGAGGUGGUGUAUGGCAGAAAGCCUCCAGUGUUGGUGCAUUUUCGGAGGGACGAACCAGAGUAGAAGCUGUAGUGCAGGAGCUAAGGGACAGAGAUUGGUGAUUGGGUUUUUCUCAAAUUACGUCCUCAUAGACGGCAAACGGUUGUGCAGAGGAUCCAUCAAAAACUGGCUCCCCAAUUUUUUGGGCCGUAUCAAAUCAUGAAGAAAAUAGGGCAAGUUGCUUACAAGUUAAUUACCAGCAAGUGUCGCAACUGAAGAAGGCUGUGGGCAAGAAAAAGGGAUAUUACUCCGAGUAAGGUUUUAUCAUGGAGGGACAAGUUUGAUGGUGGACAAUAUAGUAGAAAAUGACUGAUUCAAUGGGAAAGGAUGGAUGUUGGAGAUGCUACCUGGGAAGAGGAACUAUUAUUGAAGAGUCAAUUCCCUUAUCUGUGCCUUGAGGACAAGGCUAUUGUUGAAGGUGGGGGUGAUGAUAGGAAUGGACCGGGCCCCACAAGUGAUGAGGGGGAUGUGUAGAGAUGAGGUUAGGCCUAAACAGUGGAAAGUAUAUGUGAGAAAGAAUACGAAAGGGAAUGAAGGAAAAACACGGUUGCCUAGCUGACACAGUUCGUUAGUAUUCCCCUAAUAAAUAAGAAUGUAUGGGAAGUAGUUGGUUACGUUAUCAUUUUCUGUUUUCACCUUAGAGGUUGGGCAGUGAGAGAAUUGUUUUCUCUGAGGAGUAAUAGUUCUGGAAUUACUUUCUGUUUUCAAAUCCAUUAAAACAAUAAUUUUCUUCAUCUUAUUCUAUCUUACCUCUGUUCUAUCAGUGAGCCACCACUAAUCAUAAAUAUUUAUAUUGCAAACUAGGAGAUUAACAAAAGAAACUAGAAAUUUGAAACAAGCAACUUUUUUCAGUUACUAACAGUUACAGGAUGUUGGAUCACCAAUCUGGCCAGGGAUUUGUUUCAGAUAGUAGCCACCUUGAUGCGCUAGCAGAAAUCAAUGAGGAACAUGAGAGAGUAAAAGAUGAGUUUUCAAACAAUUUAGAAUUAUGUAUAGGUGAAGCUGAAAAGUUUCUCGAACAACCUGUACCAGAUUCAGACACAUUAGAGCCAUUCAUAGACAUGCAGUUCAACACAAGGGAGGAAGCUAGAGAAUUCUACAAUGCCUAUGGUAGGCGGACGGGAUUUACAGUACGAGUACACCAUAACCGACGUUCACGAGUAAAUAACCAGAUUAUUGGUCAAGAUUUUGUUUGCUCAAAAGAAGGUUUUCGUGCAAAGAAGUAUGUGCACAGAAAAGAUAGAGUGCUCCCUCCUCCACCAGCCACCCGAGAAGGUUGUCAAGCCAUGAUAAGGCUGGCUUUACGGGAAGAAGGGAAGUGGGUUAUCACCAAAGUUGUGAAGGAGCAUACACAUAAACUGAUGAGUCCUAGUGAAGUCCCAUGGCGAAAAUCUGAGAAGCACUUGGUUAGUGAGGAUGAGAAAGAUAAAAGAAUCCGUGAGCUAACGCUUGAGUUGUACAAUGAAAGGCAGAAGUACAAACGACGUUGUGCAGCAUAUGAAGAACAGUUAAAUAUGAUUCUGAACGAUUUGGAAAAGCACACAGAACACAUCUCUAAAAAAGUUGCUGAUGUAGUCCGAAAUAUAAGAGAGAUUGAGGAAGAAAAAUCAGAUUCGAAAGGCAGGUAAACAAUGCCAUUAUUGCACAUUCUCAAUUUGAAGUCUUCGGAUAUAAUUUUAUCAACAUUUGGCCUUGAAGUUGUGUUGUGGUCAUAUUAAAACUUCAUGCAGCAUAUAGUUUACCAAGAAACUCAUUGUCUCGGUGUGUAUCAUGUUGGUGAUUAGGAGCUAGUUUUAACACGGUCUUGUUGAAAAGUGAUUCUCUCAUGAGUACCUUAGCUAUUGUAUUCUUACAUUAAUUGGAAUCGAAUUUUCUCAGAUGCACAUUUUGAAUUAUUACCAAUAUAACGAAAAUUUACCGUUUCCAAGUUGAUAUACUGUGACAAAAUAAAUAAAUCCAAUAGAAAGAGUAGAUAAAAAUUUCAAGAAAUAUAUCUUAAAACAGAAGUUUACAUUACAAACUGAAAACAGAAUCAACCCUUGUCCCAAAACCAAGGAAAAAAUAGAAAGAAAACAGACACUUCUUGUCACAGUGGCAGUGUGCGUCCUUCAUUGCAAUUACCUUCUUCCCCCUCCUCCAAAAAAUCCAUUAGUAGUACCUGGGCAGAACACAUUCAUGUCAUGCCUAGUGUUAAUCUAAC